CACUGCAUUAAGCAAUCGAAGUUAUUAUCGCGCAUAAAUUCAUUUUUUGUAGCUGGUUAUUGAAAGAGGUGCAGAUUGAACUGAAAUGAUUCUCUUUUUCCUGUUCCUCAUCAAUGGAUCAUUGUUUUUACUCCACUCAGAUGCAGCAUGUCCGGAGAUUGUAACGAGAGCUGCAUGGGGUGCCAGACCUCCGAAAUCCAGACAAAUCAUGAGGACUCCUGUAGAGCACGUGUUCAUCCACCAUACGGAUGGCGCCAUUUGUGACAACAAAGACACCUGUUCCAGAGUCAUGAGGCAAACGCAGAACUUUCACAUGGAUACACGAAAAUGGGCUGAUAUUGGCUACAGUUUUCUGGUGGGAGGGGACGGACGAAUUUACGAAGGCCGUGGCUGGAACGGAGUCGGAGCUCACACUUACAAUUACAACUCCAAGUCCAUCGGCAUAUCCUUCAUGGGAAACUUCGAAAAAGUCACGCCUAAUAGAGCCAUGCUCACUGCUGCCAGACAGCUUAUUGAUUGCGGAAUGGAAAAGAACAUCAUUACUAGAGGUCGUCAGAUUCACGGUCACAGAGAUGCCAAGUGCACUUCAUGCCCAGGAACAGCCCUAUACAAGAACAUACAGGCCUGGCCAGGAUUCAAGGGAGGAAAACUACCAGGAUAUGUAUGCUAAGCUCCUGAAACGCACAGGAUAAAAAUUCAAUAAACUAAUUGGUUUUUUUUUUUUUUU